CACACUCAAAAGCCGGGAUCGUGUCUCCUAAAAAUAAAAAAUGAGAAACUGAAACUGACUGACGGCCAAGGGAAUUGACAGAUUGGGGAUCAGAAUGGCUGUGGGUGGAAAACCAUGGAGAGGAAUGUCUUGCAUAAUUGCCGAGCGUGUCCGGACCUCAAAGGCAAUUUCUCUGGCUUAGUUUUACAGUUUGGAGGUGCCUCCCUUGCCUGUUCGAAACCAGCUCGUGAAGGACCGAACUGGGGGAGUUAAAAAAUUGUGGGGCUCCGGGUUUCUGUGCCAAGAUCUGCCUUGGAUCCAGCUACCGUCUCGUUGGGACAUGGAAAGUAGCAAAGGAUUACGGUUUUUAAUCUCCUGCAUUCUUAUAGGUGCAGCUCUGGCUGUCAGGAUUAAUGAAGAUGGACAUAAAGUCAUUUACUUGCCUAAAGGGGAGUCGGUAAAAUUGGGGUGCCCCUUUUCUUCAGAUCCCGAAGAUAACACUCCGGAUAAUGACUGGGAUAUUCAGUGGAGGCAGGUGAAACCAGGACCCCACCCCCAAUACAAUCCGCUCCUGGGUUAUCACAACCACCGUAUCUUCUACCCGGGAUCGCCUGAUUUCCAAAAGCGGGUGGGCUUCACCUCGUCCGAUCCCAGCCUCUACGACGCCUCCAUGCAACUCCGCGACCUGCAGGUUAGCGACUCCGCCACCUACGAGUGCACGGUGAAGAAGACCACCGAAGCCACCCGCAAAGUGACCAUCACCGUUCAAGAAAAACCAGCCCUUCCUCGCUGCUGGAUCAUUGGUGAGAUCAUAUAUGGGGAGGACAUCACUCUUCGCUGCUUAAGUUCCACGGGGACCCCGCCGCUCAGCUACCACUGGUCCAUGUCAAACGGCAAUUACCGCGAUUGGAUGCCCUCAGACAGUCUCAAUCCAGGGGAUCUCCAGAUCCGUAAUCUGUGUGACGACCACGUGGGGAUCUACGAGUGCAGUGUGGGCAAUAACGUCGGCGUGGCUCAUUGCUCUGUGGAAAUUCAGUUCGGAGGAGGUUGGGGCCGAGGCUGGAUCAUCGCGGGCUCCGUGAUCAUCGCGCUGCUGGCCGCGGCGCUCAUCAUCGGGGGCGUGAUCUGGUGCUGUUGGUGUUGCUGGGGCAAGGCGGGGGGCUGCUGUGGGGAGCAGUGCCCCAGCUGCUACUGCGGGAAAGACUACUGCUGGGACUGCUGCUGCAACUUUGGCUCCGACAGUCCCCAGACGCAUCAGCAGUACUCCCAGACUAAGGCCAGCGACAUUUGUGUGGAUGCUGAUUCCCCCCUCAGCCGACCUUGCAGCCAGGUCAUCAGUCGGGCCAGCAGCCUCCACUCCUUGUUGGGCUACCAAACGAAGGGCAUCCAGCAUCCCCAAGGCCGCAAGUACACCCCUCCCAUCGUCCAGGUCAAGAUGAGUUCUCCUCCGGACAGUGACGUCAGCGUGGUUCUGCCGCUCGAGAUCCCUUCGCCCCCGGAUUCGGAGCAAGGCGAGAUCUCCGAGCCUUACUACCCUGCCAAAGGGAGCAGCGUCUACCCCAACCAGGAGCCUUGCUGCGACCAGCUGAAAGUCGACAACAUCAAGGGGUCACGAUCCCAGAUCUACUGUGAGCCUCACAAUUACACCUCGGCUUGCUCGGAUCCCACCGGGCUUCGCUGGAAAGACGGAAACAGCCGGCAGUAUAAGAGUGCAGUCCUCAUGAUGCGGUCUUCCAGCAGGGAUGGUCUUUUGAUAUGAACCGGAGACGGGCCAGUGGGGAGGGAGGCGAGCAAGUCUGACUCUCAUCCAGACAUCUCCACCUCACGAGCCAGGAUGCGGGCCGACGCUUUGCUCUUUAGGGAUGACACGGAUCAGGCUUUCCAGGCCAAAAGGCGGCAGAUUUGGCCUGCAAAGUCACCCUAAUUUUGCCCAUUUAUUUACCAACUGUCCCCGUAGGAAUGAGCCAGCCUGCUAAGAAGAAAAGGUCCUUCUGGGCAGUUUUGGCAGCAGUAGAAUAGACUAACAGAGUUGGACCUUGGAGGUCAUCCAGUCCAACCCCCUGCUCGAGACAAAUGGCUGUCUAAUCUCAUCUUAAAAACCUCCAGUGAUGGAGCACCCACGACUCUCGGAGGGAAGAAGAAUUGCAUUCUUCUUCCAGAUUUCCCAGAUCAUUUUGAUCCGGAGCGAUCUGGGGGAAUCCGACAAAUUCACUAUCCUUUAAAUAUUAGCCCUGCUGCACGGAAGCCACGGGUGGAAAAAAACUCGGGGGGGGGGGGUGAUGUUUAAAGGGUUGAGCAAUGAUUGCAAGAGUGAAAAUAUAAUCUGCGUGAUUUUGUCCGUGUCUACGCCAAAGUAAGCCUGCAUUGAAUAGUAUUUAAUCCAGGCAGAGGUGCCCCAGUGUGAACAGACUUUUCAUGUUGGAUUCCUGCCUGCUUUGGCACACCCCUAAGGAGCAAACAUUUCCCCUUCCAAAACGUAGAAAAAUUGCAUUUAUUUGCUUUUAACUGAAGGCCCGGAGCUCAAUCUGUGUUUUUCUCGUAAAAGAGCAAUGAUCUCUUGUUAGCAAACUCAGAGGGAGAAAAACCCUGCCUCAAGGCAGCCCACAAGCAUUCAUAGAAGGUUUAAGCAUUAGAAAAACAUAAUAUAUAUUAAAUGCGCUGAUCGUUUGAGAGCAACCUUGCUAAAGAUUUGCCUGGCUCUCUUAGCAACAUGUUUUUUUUUUUAAGAAAAAAAGAAAAAAGACUGUAAAAAAACAGUAGCAGGCGUGAAAAAACAGCAGUAUUGAUCCAAAACGAAUAUUAACAUUCCAGUAUAAAAUGUCCAAAAGACAUUUUCUACUACAAGGCAAAACAGGCUUAUCCAAUCAGCCCUGUUCCAAAGUAGAUUGUUGGAUUUCAAACUUUUUUCAAGUCUGUUCAUAAAAAAAAAAAAAAGGAAAAAUCCCCAGAAUGCAUCAAGUUAAAAAAAAAAAACUCUAGAAAGUACGGCUACUUUUUUUUUUUCCUUUUUAAAAAGCUUCUCGUGAAACUACAGUACACGGUUCAAAACACUCUGAACUAGAUUAUUCUAAAUUGAUAGCUGGCAUGUUUUAUUUUUUUAUUAUUUUUUUCCCUUCUAGCAUUUUCCCAAAAUUUCUUGUUCUCUUUUUUUGGGGGAGGGGAUCUAAGAGUGAAUAGAAUAGAAUAGAAUAGAAUAGUCUGGGGAAGCUAUAAUUUUGUUGAAAGGUUUGUCAUAAAGAAACCCCAAGAACGGGCAAUUUACAUAUAUAAACGCGGGACUGCGUUUAGUCCGUUGUUUACAUGUGGAUCUUUCUUUCUUUCUUUCUUUCUUUCUUUUUGUUCUUUUUCUUUCUUUCUGUUUUAUAAGAUACUGUACACGGGGACCGCAAAGUCUCUCACCAGACAGAACACGCAAGCGCCCAUUUCUCCACUGUGCGAUCUUGUGUCUGUUUUAAAAUUUUGUUUUCUAGCAAACUGGGAUGGUAAUACCUUAGCAUCAGCCUGCUGUCUGUCUGGCUUUGUGUGUGUGUGUUUUUUUAAAAAAAAUUGUGCAGUCUCUAACAUGCUCUUAAAAUGUAGUUGCCUUUGUUUGUAGAAGUUGUUCCCACCUCAA